CUCCUCCAGACACCGACACCGUCGUCUGGUCGCCGGGGCUUCCAGUGCUUUCGAAAUGGCUGCCGUCCGGCGAGCGCGUAUCUUUUUGGCUUGUGUCGUCCGCUUCUCCGACCGCGAACUGCAGUAAUCUGAAUUAGGAAAUAUAUAUAUAUAUACAUAUUUUUUUUUGCUUCCCCCCCUUCUCUCUCUCUCUCUCCGGUGUCGUCGUCGUCGGGUGUGUUGGUCGUUUGAUUUUCAUGCACUUUUACUCAAAUAAGAGAGCGACGAUAUCUCUUCGGUGCUGGAAGUCGACAGGCAGCUAAAAGCAUGGAGGAACUCAGUGUGUUUAGAGCUCAAUGGAUGUCCGAACUGAAUCCAAGUGCAGGAUCACAUGGGUCAGAUAUAGAGCCCGGUAAAGUCUCUAUCAGAGGACUUUCUUCAAAAUCAUCAGAUACCAAAGGAAAACAGGAAAUUGCUCGUGAAGAAAAGGCCAAAGAACUGUUCCUGAAGGCUGUUGAACAAGAACAAAAUGGAGCAGUCUAUGAAGCCAUCAAGUACUAUCGGAGGGCUAUGCAGCUUGUACCUGACAUUGAAUUCAAGAUCACUUACACUCGUACUCCUGAAAGUGAUGGGAGUGGAAAAGCUUACAAAGAGGAUAAAGGGAAAGCCAGUGAAAUAACUGAUCUGUUGCCCUACUUUCAACAGCAGCUCACCUUGCAGGACUCUCCGCUCAAAAUUUGUCAACCGGAGUUUGAAGUGAACCAGAUGCACAUUUCAGGGCUCCCUCUUGAAGUCCUGGUGUAUAUAUUUCGAUGGGUAGUGUCGGGUGACUUGGACUUAAGAUCCUUAGAGCAACUGUCUUUGGUCUGUCGAGGAUUUUACAUUUGUGCAAGAGAUCCUGAAAUCUGGCAUUUAGCCUGCCUGAAGGUUUGGGGUAGAAGCUGCAGUAAACUGCAGUAUGCCUCUUGGAGACAGAUGUUUCUGGAAAGACCUCGUGUCCGAUUUGAUGGUGUGUAUAUCAACAAGACGACCUACAUACGUCAAGGGGAAGAAUCUCUGGAUGGUUUCUACAGGGCUUGGCAUCAGGUGGAAUAUUAUAGGUACCUGCGAUUUUUCGCAGAUGGGCAGGCAAUGAUGCUGACUACACCCGAGGAUCCUCAAACUGUAGUCCCCCGUCUAUGCACCAGGAAUCCAAGAAUUGAUGCUGUCCUCUUUGGUCAUUAUCGUCUGUCACCAGAAACCGAUAAUCAAACCAAAGUCUUUGUUGUUCUGGCUAAGAAGAAGGAGGAGCAGAAGCUGCCAGAGUAUCAGAAAAACAGAUAUUACCGUCGUUCUAGUCCUGCUGCUGAAACUGAACACAAUUUUCACGUGGGAUUACAACUCUGUCCCAGUGGUCGACAACGAUUUAACAAGCUGAUCUGGCUUCAUCAUUCAUGCCACAUUACCUACAAAUCAACUGGUGAAACUGUUGUGACUGCAUUUGACAUCGAUAAGAUGUACACGCCAUUGUUCUUUGCUCGUGUGAAGAGCUUUACAGCGUUUGCAGAAACCCCUCUUUAAUUUCAUUUGGUUAACCAUUUAGUUCAGAUUCAUGGCAAAGCACUUUGAUUUUCAAUCGUUUUGCAUGAGUGCAAUGAUGCAAGUUUAAUAAUGACCGGACAAUGUUGCCUUGGAUUUGUAUAGGACAUGGCUCAAUCAGUGUGUAGUUUUAACAAUUGUUGAAUGGCAAGAAAAAUGUCAGAAUUAUUUAGUUACAUAAAGUCACUGACUCAUAUUUUAAAGUGAUCUAUGUAAGGGAGUUUUGCAAUAUCUCCAUUGAGCCUGAGAAAGCUUAAAUAUUUGGCUUAAAUAAUAACAUGUCAUUUUAUGAGCUAUCCUUGGUAGCGUUGUUUAAAUUUACGGAUAAUGUAUUGUUAUUGUCAGAAUUUUUGCACAGGUUUACCGAUGUAAACUUGUGUGAGCUGGCUACUUUGUACUAUAAAUAGAUUCAUUCACAUCAUCGGUGACAUCGCAGGAAGAUGAACAUGGUCCCUUCAUACCUUCUGACGUAAAUGCUUUUACAAAUUUAGAGAUUUUUUUAUUUACUCAAUCUGAAAAAUUAUUCAAUGGGUAACGAGGUAAAUAAAUGUUUUCUUCCAAUUGUC